AUGAAUCCAUAAAAAUCAAACAAAGCAGAUAUCCUUUCGAAGGUUGCUUAAUUAGUCAAGAAAUUAUAACAUAGAGAAUUACCCCAUAAAAUGAUAGAAGCAACUGUUUUAUCUCGUAAAACAUCGAUUCCAAAAAAUACAAAAUUGCUUCUUUAAUAGGAACAUAUUGUGAAAUAAAUUACUAUAACUCAAAGGGCUAAAGGAAAAUAAUAGACCCAAAGCCAGUGUUAAUCACAUCAUGAAUUAUACAAUGUGGAAUUAUUAAGAAGAAGCCCUGAAUAAAAAGACUAGAAAACAGAAGAUAAUAGCGAAUACAAACUUGUACAAUAAAAGCUCCCUUAAAUUAAAUCUUAAAAAGGAUUCUCAAGAAGUAAUAAAAAUAUCGGUCCAAUUUAAAAAAAUGUAAUUGUUAGCUAUUAAACAGCAACUAAUAAUAGCAUGACAUAAUUGAGUAAUAUAUAAAAUUCAUCAAAUCAAUAAUAAGAUACUAAACCUGUUAUCAAAGUCAAUAAUUAUAAUAAUGUUGCUAACUUACUUUAAACUAGCACUUUGGUAAGUAAAUAACCUAAUUCAGUGGAAACCGAAAAAAAAACUGCAGCACUCAUCUCACAAUUAUAAAUACUACAAUAAAAACAAUCAGCAAAAAGAUUGCCAAUACCUGAUUCGAGUAAUUUAUCUCUAAGUGGAUGGACAGAUCGAUCCCCUAUAAAUUGA